UGCUGAACACCACAUAUUUUUGAAGAUGGAGGAUUACGACGCCAAUCGUAAUGUUGCUAGAAAACCAUGUCGACAAUGUGGCAGGCAGUUUGUUCCAGAGUCACUGGCUAAGCAUGAACCUUCAUGUAUAAAAGCAGCAAGAAAGAAACCAAAGGUGUUUGAUUCAGCCAAACAAAGAGCAGAUGGAACAGACUUAUCUUACAAACAGAUUAAACAAGCUCAGAGAAAGGAAGUGAAGGCCCCCAAGAGUAACUGGCGAGCUAAACAUGAGGACUUCAUUAACACUGUCAGGGCGGCCAGGGGAGUCAGUGUAGCUAUGCAGAGAGGGGAGCCCCUCCCACCACCUCCCCCACCCUCAAUAAAUCCAGAUUAUGUGCAAUGUCCCUAUUGUUCACGGCGUUUCAAUGAGAAAGCUGCUGAGAGACACAUACAGUUCUGUAAAACUCAGCAACAGAGACUGCCCAACAAACCUAAAGCCGAUCCAAAGGCCAUGGCUAAACAAAAUAUCAGGACACAGUACCAGCCACCUAAACCAAAGGCUAAAACAGAGAGUUCUCCAGGGUAUGGGGGAGUAAGCACUACUAGGCCAAGCCCCGGGGGUUCAAGGGGGAGAGGCACAGGUAUUGGUGGAACCCCUCCAAGCAUGAGUGGGCGUCAACCUAACUCAUACGCCAGGGGGCGUUCCACUACCACCACCACCAGCACCUACCAGCAAACCACUCCUAGAAUAGAGCAAUAUCUGACAAUAAAACACUCCAACAUUCCAAAUGUGGAGUCUGAAAAUCAAAGCUCACCCCAAAAAACAGUCAAGUUCUCUGCAUCAUUACCUCCUAAAUGCCCCUCCAAAAGAGGAGAGAUAAUUACACAUGCGAAGAUUCCCGAUGACUUGGCAAGCGGUGCUCUGAUAAAUGAUAGCUCUGCUGUUGUCUGGGCAAAGCCGAUUGCCCACAAGCGGAUGUUAGAACCCCUAAGAAAUGGACAGGAUUUGGCCAGUGAGUACGGAGAGGAUUCCGUGUAUGAUGGAAAUGGGCGUGCCCUUAGAACUGGCCGAGAUGGCCGGGCGUAUCAAGAAGCUCGGCGGGAAAUGCAUUCGGCGGGCAUUAAAAGUGCCUCAAAUAAUCGCCUCAUGAGACGACACAAAUCAGCAGGCGCUAAUAGGGGCACCAUUUCACCUGGAGUGAUACACUAUGGAACAAAAGAGUCGGAAUCCGGAUAUUAUAGCAGUAGUUCAGACAAUGACCAUAUGAAUUCUUAUUCUAAUGCGAACCAUGAUAAAAGAAACUCUCUGGGUAAAACAGGUGCCAAAUUUUGUCAUGAAUGUGGAUCUAAGUACCCAUUAUCGGAAGCCAAGUUUUGUUGUGAGUGUGGAGUGAAAAGAAUGGGCUUUACGUAGUAGAAAUAGGUAGUUUGCUACACAUUUUAAUCAGAAUGCUGUUAUUUUUAAGCAACAAAUUAUAUAUAAAUGCCUUUUUUUCAUUAUUUCAGAACACUCAUUAAGCCUCUUUAAGAAUUUGCAGUAUAUAUUUAUCAAACGUAACAUCUUGUGAAACUUUUUCAAAAUCUAUCAGUGUCUUUAAUUUUUUUCGAAAUACUUCUGAUUUCUUACGUACCGUAAAACCAUGUCCACAUUUACAUUCUUUAUUUUGUAGUCUAACAUGUACAUUGUAAAUUGGUGUUGUAAUAUUUUGUUCAGAAAUAUUUAAACAUUUAAGUUGAGUUCAAUGGAUUGUGAUUAUUUUAAACUCUUGAUAAUUUACUGUCACAUGAAUACGUUUAUGAUGGUAAAUUCCAUGCAUUUUAUUUUAAAACUGCUCAGUAAAUGUAAAUAGGAGAAACAAUUCAUGCUUGUGUGUUCGUUAAUGUUUCUUGCCUCAUUUUGACAAGAACAAAGUUGUUUGAAAUGUUCUUAGACUGAUAACAAAUGUUUAUUAUGAAGAUUGCUUGUCAUUUGCAUAUUUUUGUUGUUGUUGCAUGUUGUAUAAAUUAAUUUAUGAUAGGCAUCUACAUGAACUAGUAUAAGAGCUGAUCCGUCCAUUUACUAUAUGUUGUGAGUUUUGAUUUUUAUACUUGUCUAUUUUUCUAAUGCAAUGUGACUUUUUCAUUUUGUUUGAAAUAGUUUCCAUGUACAAACUGUAUUGUAGUUAUAGAACCUCUCUUUGUAAUUUUAUCCAUCAUCCCAUUGUAAAGGAGUAUAUGUCAGUGUAACAAACGGGAAAGUCUGAUUAUUUGGCGUGAUCUCUUAGGUAUAUUUUUUCUAGAUAUAUCCCCUCUUAAAUCUUUCUCUAAAAAAACAUGUAUUUUGCGUGAUCUGCUUUCAUCAAGACAGAGAUGUGUCUUUACAAGAAAUAUUUUUUAUAAGUAAAUAAAACGAGAAUUAGACGCUAAUAUUGCUAAUAUUGGGAUUGUAACUAACAUUAUGGAUGACAAGGGCAUCUGGCCCCAGGGCCAUAAAACUUCAACCAGCUCACUAUUGAUCUUAGCCUCGUUUUUUUACUAUCAAUUUCUUUGGUCAAGGUGAGGCUGUGAUUAAAAGUGAGCUCAUCUAAGUUUUAUGGCCCCCGAGCCGGGAUCCGUCAUUAAAAUGUUCUUUUGUAAUUGAUCUGAAAUUUUAUAUUUAUAUAGAAUAACAAGAAUAAUGAUCAAUAAGAUGUUUUCACACCAUGUUAUACACUUUAUGUUUGAAUAUUUAUUUUUAUUUCCGAAUUUUUAAUUUCACUAUUAUAGCUUAGAUUGAUAUUAUUUAUUUAAAAAGAUGCAAUAAAAUGCACAUAGUAAAGAAA